AUGGAAUGCAAUUGCAAGAUAAAACAUGAGAAGGAAAGACAGGACAAGGAGGCACUCAAUUUGACCGAGCAACAACGACAAGAAGUCCAGAUUUAUGCAAUGGUAAACAAGUCCGUAGCUUCUACUACUAGCAGCGUACAGAGCAGUUUUCAUCGCCGUCAUCUACCGCAGAAUUGUAUCGCUUUUUCGAGUCCUGAAGGACGCAAACUUUUUACAGAAGCCAUCAAUAGUAGCAAUAAUUACAUGCAGAUUUACUUUCCAUUGGCGGAACAGUUUAUUACUCAAGCAGAACCAGCAUUCUGUGGUUUAGCCACGUUGACCAUGUGCUUAAAUGCUCUUCAGAUUGAUCCUGGUCGUCUAUGGAAGGGACCAUGGAGAUGGUUCAGUGAAGAGCUUUUUGACUGUUGCACGUCGCUCACUGUGGCCAAGGAAAGAGGCAUUAGCAUGUCGGAGUUCAUUUGUCUGGCGCGCUGCUAUGGCGUCUUGAUGGAGGAAUAUCGAGCAACAAGUGAUUUUUCACUGGAACAGUUUAGGGACCUUGUUAAACGCACUUGCGCUACGAGCUCAGAGAUUGUGGUGCUCAACUAUAGUCGCCAAGUAUUGGGCCAGACUGGUGACGGACACUUUUCACCAAUUGGAGGAUAUCAUGCCGAGAGAGACAUGGUAUUGCUAAUGGACGUAGCCAGGUUCAAGUAUCCACCGCACUGGGUGAAGCUCUCUCAUGUAUUUAAUGCCAUCCAGCGUGUGGAUCCAUCCAUUGACUUGCCCCGCGGAUUGGUGAUUCUAAAAGAGGGAGCACAUGCUGCAGGUUGCGCAUCCAACGUGCGGCAGCUUAUUCACUAUGACAAGCAACUGGAGGUGCCCGUCGUCCCAGCUCCACAGCAGUGUUGCUGCAGCUUGUCAGCGAUAGCGACUCACCGCAUGGCGGACCCACCUUUGUGA